AAGUGUCACGAUGACAAACCGAACGAGCUCCGUACGUUGCCGUCUUCAUCAACGAAAGGACAACAACUUGCAACGGCUGACGAAAGUGGACAGGUAGAAACACUUCUUGUGUACGCCUUUGAUGAUCUAGAAGAUAUCGUGAAUCAGUUGGAUGUUUGUGGUAAUAAAUUGUUGGCAGCAUGUUCAGAUGGAACGUUAGGUGCUUAUGAUUUGAGAAAUCGGAAACUGAUCGUUCGAUCAGAGCCAAUGAGCAGUGAAUUGCUUUCAAUUACAUCGACAAAGAAAUUCACGUAUGUUGGAAAUGGUGAUGGCUACUUGGAGGUGUUCAAGCGAGAUGAAUAUGGCAAUAUUUUGGAACGUAUCGAAACACCACAUUCAAUGGGUAUUGAUUGCGUUCGUUCGAUUAGAGAUGAUAUUUUAUUGACAUCAUCAAAUGAAAGCCCUGAUAUUAGAUUGAUUCACGUUGAUCCGAAUAAAACACUUGGUUCCCUUGGUACGCAUGAAGGUGGUGUGCAACAACUCACACUUACUAAUGAUCAUUUUUGGCUUAUUUCUGUUGGUAUGAUGAAAUCAACCGUGAAGUUCUGGAAUGUACCUCAUCUUCUCGAUAAGAUACCGAUAAUGCGUUCAAAUGAUUUGUCGAAACAAAAGGGAAAAAAAUUGAAAGUAUCGAAUAGUUUUUUUGAUGAUUUGAUUGGUGAUGAAGGUGAAAAAGACUCAGACGAGAGUAACGAGGAUGAAUCUGAAAGCGGUAAUGAGGACGAAUCGGUUUCUGAUGAAGAAAUGUAUGAAAGUGAAGAGUCGGCGAAUGAGGGAAUAGCUGAGAACAGUGGACUCGAUCUCUUGGUUUUAUUAAGGAGAUUCUUUCUUAUUGUUUUGAAAUUUUCGUAA